UAUUCCAUCUUCUUCAUCCCUCCUUUCAUGGCUUCACAUUACAAAAUCAUCCUCUUCAUUUCCAUAACUUUACUUUUCACAAUUCUUUCAAAUAAUGUCUCUGCCAAUAAUCCCAUCAUCAAAUGGUGCAAAACGACGCCGCAUCCAAAAGUUUGCAUUUCCUUCAUGUCCCCAAUCAAACCUCCACCACAAAACAGAGAGGAGUUUCGACAAGUGGCCAUUCAAACCACUUUGGAAAAAGCCGAUGAAGCUAAAGCUUACACUGCCCGGUUCGGUCCGACCUGUAAAACCACGCGCCAGAGAACCGCCUGGACUGACUGUUUCAAGCUCUACAACGAUGUCGUUUUCCAAUUAAACCGCACACUACAAUGCCUCGUUACGGAUGAAACAAUCCACCGCCGCCCCACUUGUACGGAUUUCGAUGCGCAAACCUGGCUGAGCUCUGCUCUUACUGACAUCGAUUUAUGCAACUCCGGCGCGGCGGAUCUCAAUGUCACGGAUUUUAUAGCGCCGAUCAAAUGCUUGAACGUUUCGAAGAUGAUUAGUAAUUGUUUGGCUAUUAAUGGUGGAUUCUUAGAGGAAGAAGGGGUUAAAUAUGAUGAUGGUGGAAAUGGGUCGUUUCCGAUGUGGGUUUCGGAAGGUGAUCGGAAAUUGUUGGAGUCGAGGCCGCGGAGAGUGAGGGCUAAUUUGGUGGUGGCGAAAGAUGGGUCGGGAAAAUUUCGGAGGGUUCAGGCGGCGAUUGAUGCAGCGGCGAGAAGGCGUGGGAGGGGGAGAUUUGUAAUUUACGUAAAACGAGGGGUAUAUAGAGAAAAUAUUGAAGUUGGGAAUGAUAAUGGGAAUAUAAUGUUGGUGGGAGAUGGGAUGAGAUUUACAGUGAUUACAAGUGGAAGAAGUGUCGCCGCCGGUUUCACCACCUUCAGUUCGGCAACCGCUGGUAUCCAAGGUCCAGGCUUCAUAGCUCGAGACAUAAGAUUCGUGAAUACAGCCGGUCCACGAAUGGGGCAAGCAGUGGCAUUGCGAUCAUCAUCAGACCUAUCAGUGUUUCAUCGAUGUAGCUUCGAGGGCUACCAAGACACACUAAUGGUCCUUUCACAGAGGCAAUUCUAUAAACAAUGUUAUAUUUACGGUACAAUUGACUUCAUUUUCGGCAACGCCGCAGUAGUUUUACAAAAUUGCUUGAUCUAUGUUAGAAGACCGUUAAAGGGACAAGUCAAUGUGAUCACAGCCCAAGGUCGAGAGGACCCAUUUCAAAACAGUGGAAUCUCAAUCCACAACUCUCAAAUAAGAGCCGCGGCUGACUUGCGACCCAUGGUUGGCUCGGUGAAGACCUACUUGGGUCGGCCAUGGAAGAAGUAUUCACGGACUGUGAUAAUGAGAAGCUACAUUGAUAGCUUGGUUAGCCCAGCCGGAUGGUUGGCGUGGCAAAGUAGUAAAUUUGCUCAAGCUACGUUGUAUUAUGGGGAGUACCAUAAUAUUGGGCCUAGAGCUUCAACACGGUUUAGAGUUAAAUGGCCUGGCUUUCAUGUCAUUAAAAGCCCAAAUGUGGCAUCUAAGUUUAGUGUUCGGAGACUUAUUGCUGGCCAGACAUGGCUUCCGGCCACCGGAGUUCCCUUCAAGCUUGGAGUCUGAGUUUCAAGGUGUGGAAUUUGCUUAUCUCACCAUCUUAUUUUCAUUUAUUUAUUUAAUAAAAUAUCUUAUUUGUAUUGGGGAGUGAUUUGGGAUCUAACUAUUGUGUUAAAAUAGAAUGUAGGAAGGGGAAAUUUGUAUAAUUAUAUCAUCGCUACAUCUUCUUUCAUUUUCUUUUCUUUCUUUCCAAAUUAGUUUGAUGUUAAUAAUGCAUUCCUGAUAGAUUUAUUUGAAUAUUUUUUUUUUAUGAAUUUACCAUUUGAAUAUCA